AUGGGUUCCGGUGGGCGUGCAACCCAGACAGAUAACUCCGGGAAUAAAGUUGUUAAAAGAGCUCCAUCUUCAAAGCCACCUUUCACGCUUUCCGAUAUAAAAAAAGCUAUUCCACCACACUGUUUCAAUCGAUCCCUACUCCGAUCUUCAUCUUACCUUUUCGUUGAUCUCUUUUUCUCCUUCUUCUUUUACUACGUUGCCUCCACCUACAUCAUCCACCUUCCAACCCCUCUUUCUUAUGUAGCGUGGGUCGUUUACUGGAUCCUUCAAGGUAGUGUCCAGAUGGGUUUGUGGGUCAUUGGCCAUGAAUGUGGUCAUCAAGCGUUUAGUGAUUACACAUGGUUAAAUGACACCAUCGGUUAUUUUCUACACACUAGUCUACUUGCUCCUUAUUUCUCUUGGAAAUACAGUCAUCGUCGUCAUCAUUCUAACACUGCUUCACUUGAGCACGAUGAAUCUUUUGUCCCAAAAAAGAAGUCGAGCUUAAAUUCUUUUGCAAGACUACUCAACACUCCACCUGGUCGUCUCUUUAGGCUCGUGAUUUUAUGCACUGUAGGUUGGCUCUUGUACGUUUGUUUCAAUGUUUCUGGACGAAAGUAUGAGAAAUUUGCCAACCAUUUCGACCCAAAAAGUCCUAUUUACAGUGAUCGUGAACGACUCCAAAUACUCGUCACAGAUAUUGGACUUGUUGUAGUAAGUUUUGGCCUCUACAAAGUGGCCUUAGCACAAGGGUUGACAUGGUUAGUGUUGGUUUACUUUGCUCCUUUGGUUAUCGUGUAUGGAUUCCUCGUUGUCAUCACUUUGGUUGCAUCACACUCACGCAUCACUUCCCCAUUACGACUCCACUGA